AUGCACACACAUACGAGGACAGGCAGGAGCAAGACCCGGACGGACCCGAUGGCACCUCCACCACCACCACCACCACCCAUAACACCACCGACGUCUCCACGGGAAGCCCACUACACGCCGGCAAUAUCAUCGCCAUUGAACCCCACAAGUAGCAGUAGCAGCAAAAGCAGCCGCAGAGCCACACGAUCGCCGUCGCCACCGCCGCGGCGGCCCGGCCGGCGGGGCAGCCGCGCGCGCAGCGGAGGGGGGAGGCCCGGCAGGACCCCCGUCAGCCCGACGCAGCGGUUGAUGCGGCAGAAGGCCGCGGCGGCCUGGAAGUCGAUCGCGUCCGAGAGCGGCGGAGCGGAUGCCAAGCAUGCGUUGGAGGUAGAGGCCAUACUAAUGGCGGCCGACCGCCGGCGGAAGAGCGUCGUGGUGCUGAAUCAUGACCGUGAGCAGCCCUCGCGGCCACAUCAGGAGGAGCACGGGCAUCAAGACGGAGAAAUCGAAGAGGGCGAUAUCAGCUCGGAGCGGCGACAGCAGCAGCAUGCAGUGCCGCUGUUCUUUGACGCUUUCGAUGGCAUGGGGAGUACGGGUUUGGGUAUCGUGACGGCGGAUAUGGAGAAGCGGGCACUGGCCAGCUGCCGUGACUUCGGCGUCGUUGUCGAUGAUCCUGCAAAGAUUAGCGUGCUCCCCUCGUACGCACACCGGCCACGGCAACCGAAAGUCAUAACUCGGGGUCGGGUGCUUGUUGCUAUCGGAAUGUUGUGCGCGAUGGGAGUCAUAUCAACUCUUUGGUCUCAUCGCGGACUUGUAUAA